AUGUCGGCUCGCCAUAGCCACCGGCCUGAUAGUCGCGCGUCGACUCAGAGCGCGGCAUCUCAUCACCACGAUACCUCGGGACAGGAUGUCAAGUCUUCAUACCUAGUGCCAGGACCCGAAGCAGCACUGCUAGAAUAUCACGCGAAUAUGCUCCCCCAGCAGAUGCCGCAGUAUCAGCAAAUGCAUCCCCAGCAGCAGCAGCAACAACAACAAACACAACAACACAUGAAUCACCAGCACUCGCACUCGCACAGCGUACAAUACCCGAUGCAAGCGCAAUACACUGCACAGGAUUCGCCGUAUAUGCAGCAGGAUAUGACCUUUGCGCAACAUACACGAGUGGGCUCGGUGCCCGCGCAAUUGAUUCCCGACAUUGCCGAUGACAAGCGGCGGAAAGGCUCGGCCGUCACGGCCACCAACGACAAAGAAUUGCGCGAAAUGCUGGUCAGGAAUGAAGGUCGGCCGCUGAGGGACGUGGCACAGGAGGUCAUUCAGAAGGAGAGGACUCCCAUGGCGGAAAAGACGAAGCAGCUGUUUGCGAUGCUUUGGCUCCGCGCGGUCUGCAAACCUGCAAAGACUUCCGUCCCGAGGAAUCGCGUCUACUCUCAAUAUGCCACGCGCUGUGGGACGGAGAGAGUGGUGCCUCUCAAUCCGGCAUCUUUCGGAAAAUUGGUUCGAGUCAUCUUUCCGGGCAUCCAAACUCGGAGACUGGGAGUGAGAGGCGAGAGCAAGUACCACUAUGUCGAUUUGGCGCUGGAGGAGGAGCAGCCGAACAUGCCAUCAACAUGGCAAGGGAAUGGAUUCGCCCAUCUCCAAGACCGACAGCGGUCGCAAUCUGCGGGCAUAAAUCACAUUGACUUUAAUAACAUUCCACGACUGCAGGCCGACACUGCCGCCUUCCCCACAGCUGAUGGAGGCUUUGAUGUGCCGACUACACAUGUUCCAACGCCACGCGGGCCAGCUUCCAAGGGACAGUCCUUCGUGUAUCCGGAAGCACGUGGCAUGCAGCCUGGGACCGCCGAGUCACUGUCUUACACUCACACGCUCCGCUUUCCCUCAAGCAACAUGCCGGCAUUCUCCGAGAAUGAAUCAGUCAACCUCCCCUCAAUACAUCCAUACCUCCCACCACGAACCGACAACGAUACAGCCGAAGCACUUGCAGCACUUUACAGGACACACUGCACAUCGCUCAUCGACAGCAUCCGGUUCUGCAAGGAGAAGCAGUUCUUCCGACUGUACACUUCAUUCCACGGCACACUCACAGUACCUGUACAGAAACUGUUCACACACCCUAAUCUAGCUCACUGGAUUGAGCAAUGCGAUCUUGUCAUGUACCGGACCAUGGUGCGCUUCGUGAGCCGUCUCACAUUGCAAGCUGCACCAGUGAUUGUCAUCAACAUUCUUUCCAACAUUUCCGCAACCCUCCACAACCACAUCGCAAAGACCUUUUCACAACAGCCGCCUCAUGUUCUUGAAGCCAAGCUACGGCCUGCCACCAUCUUCGCUGGAUUGUUAUAUCGUUUGAUCCGAGUCAAUCAGUCCGCCCACGCAGCUGCAAACCUCCUCACCAUCGACCAGAACCGAGAACAAAUGUGGCAGGAAUGGGUGACCAUGGUGAACCCCAAGCGUGUCAUGGAGGCAGAGCUACCUGACUGCGGAUAUGAUGAAGUGUACAAGAUCAUGACAACGGAGAUGCGCAGCUUGUUGGAACCCCUGCAAGCCCCGUCUUACCAAGACGAUGCCUCGUACUACAAUUUCGAGGCAGAUAAUGGUGGCUUCGCACAAUUCCUCCAAAGCCAAACUACCCACCCGAGAAAUCCAACCUCUGCAAUCUCUACGGAGAAUGUUUUGGACAGAUGGCAGGCCUUUCUCGCAUCGGUACCAGGACGCUUUCCACAAGCACCGGCGAGAACAAUCCUGCAUUGUAUCUCUGCUGUUGGAACGGCCGCGUUGCGAGACAUUACCAUCAUGAGUGGCUUGUCAUACGGUCACUGGUGGGUGUUGAAGAUCUUUGUCGAUGAAAUGGCGCUUUGGAUGGCUGAGAUGGGUGGCUUUCUCGAACCCACCAUGAGCGCCACUCCUCUCAACAAUAACAACAUAUACCAAUCCCCUGCGCUGGAGAAUUGUAAUGGAAGGAGCCAUAGUGGGAGCCGGAUGAGCAGUAUGGGACCGAAUGGCGCCUCUAAUAAUGGCCACGACGGCGCAUCACAGUCUGGAUACAUGGCAGAUUCCCAGCAAUCACAGAAUUUUGCCCAACAACAACAUCAUCUCCAGCAGGUGCAUCAAGUUCAGCAAGUGCAGCAAGUCCAGAACCAGAGCAUGUCCUUUCUAGCGCAGCAUCAGAGUUCUGGUGGCGCCAAGCGACAGUCACAGUCCCAACAGCAGCAGCAGCAGCAGCAGCAGCAACAUCACGAACCCGAUGUCGAUGAUAGUGGGAUUGGCAUGUCGUUGAUGGAUGAUGAUCUGACCAUGGCCAAGUUUGGUGUUUCGGGGCCGCAUAUUGGGAUGGAGGGUGCGGGGAUGAUGGACAUGCGGAUUGAGACUCUAUGA